AUGACCGUAACCAGCAAGAUGAACAGUGUCUCCCGCCAGUCGGUGCUGAGUCGCCUCGGCCCUGGCGGACUACUCUACGCUGCCAAUAAGAUUUUAGCGGUCGCAGUGCCUGGUAAAGAGGAGGAACGCUGGCGCAGCAAAGAUGAAGGUGCGCUGUUCAAACGUUGGCGGCGCACCCCGUCCACUGUUGAAGCACCCGCCUCCACUCCGGCACCCGCUACACCCACCCCUCAACCCUCGGAGCUACUCAAAUUCUUAGCUAUUAAUGCUUUAGAAUUAUCAGCACCCGCAUCUGAUGCGUUGCUGAAAUCUCGCUCUUCGGAAUGGUUCCAGUUAGCUGGCCACCCCGGCUCCCUGGCACCCGCAGGCCCGGGCACCGUAUGGAAGCGUCGUGCUGCCGGGGACCACCCCGCGCACAACCCCGAGCGGGACGCGUAUGAAGCGCUCGCUGCCUGCCCCCACAUGCGCUCUGCUAUCCCGCGCUACUACCGUGAAUUGGAAUAUGGCGGUGAACGUUUCAUUGAACUGCAAGACUUGCUGCACGGCUUCAGAGAUCCCCAUGUUAUGGAUGUCAAAAUGGGCACCCGCACUUUCCUCGAAGAUGAAGUAAGCAACGCUCGUGCUCGUACGGACCUGUACGAGAAGAUGGUGCGUUUGGACCCCAAAGCUCCCACCGAAGCAGAGCACGCCGCACGCGCCGUAACUAAACUACGUUACAUGCAGUUCCGUGAACAGCGAUCCUCGUCCGCCGAGCAAGGCUUCAGGAUCGAAGCUGUGAAGGUCCCAGGAGAGCCACCCCUCACUGACUUGCAAAAAAUUCGCGAACCUCAUCAAAUCGCUAACACCGUUGCAAGGUUCCUAGGCAACAAUGAAAAGGCGCGUCGUGCCAUCAUCACUCGCCUUCGUGAAAUCAGAGAUCUUUUCGAAAAUUCAGAUUUCUUCAAAACUCAUGAAAUCGUCGGUAGCAGUAUAUUCAUCAUUUACGAUGAUGAACGUGUUGGUGCCUGGCUGAUCGACUUUGCUAAGACUAGGAGUGUACCGGAAGGUCUACAGGUAGACCAUCGUGCAGAGUGGCAACAAGGAAACCACGAAGAAGGUUUUCUUUAUGGCUUGGAUAGACUCAUAGACACUAUAGAAAGAGCAAAACUUCCGACGCCGGGCGAUGAAGCGGCGACGGAACCGGAUGUAUCACGUUGA